UUGGCUGACACCGUUUUCACGUUCGAGACAGAUUGUCAGUCAGCUGGGGCUCGAUGGAAAAAAAAAAAUAACAGCUUGUUUUUAAACUGACUGCCACGGUCACUUUCUCACCGCGACCAUAAUACUUACUUUUAAAUUGCAUUCUCUCGACAAGGACGCUGCGUGGGAAUGUAACGUCGCCGUCGCCCGCUCCUUUUAAAGGAUAUUGAAGUAAGCUAAUGUUAGCUCGGUUGUUAAGAAGGGAGGCUAGUUAGCUAGCAUCGCCGUAUGGUGCGGUUAGCUUCACUGUUAAGUCGUGAACAAUUCUUUGGUCAUAUUCCAAUACAACUUCAAUUAACUUCGCAUGUUCGCUACAUUAACACGGUCACUAAGCUCCCUUUAUUGGCCUCCAAGGUGACGCUGUUUGCGGCUCCAUUCAUCCAAUUUUGCCUUCAAGCUGCCCACUCAAGGCCAACCCCCGGCACUGCCUGGACGACCACUGUUUAGAUGACGAAAGUAGCGGGACUGCGUGUCCGUGCCCGCCGGGUGGGCGGAUGCUAGGAGCGGCGGACACAGAGGAGUAGGUCGGUCAGGAGAUGUCAGAGUGGGGAUGCCGCUGCUUGGAGACAGUGUUGUAAUUGAGGGCACAGAAGAGUGUACACACUACACCUACCUCUCCAACGAGACAUCCGGACAAGGCAGUCAACUUUUCUGCCCGACACAUAUAUGGAUGGUGGGGUCCCAGCAUGCCCACCCCCUCAUCUACCACAACACACUUGGCCUGCAGGAGCAGCAGUGUCGGUGAAGAAGAGGGGCCCACGUUUGCCAGCUCUUCCUCUUCUCUUGCCUCCUCGUUCCGGUUUGUCCCAGCUUUCCUCCUGGGUGUGGUGGCAGCAGUAGUGUUCCAGCUAGCAUGGGGAGGCCUGUCCCUGACCUCUUUCUUCCUGAAGCUUUUCAUCUAUGUAUCCUUCGCCCUGCUGUGUUUCCUGGCUGGGAGCUUUGUCCUGCUGGUCCGAAAGAGUCCUCUCAAAGUCAGCUCCUUUGACAGGCAUAGAAGGCGUUCUGUCCAACAAUUGGAGUUCUUCAAGAAACUCAUGACUCAAUUUGUGGCGCCAGCACAGGAAUCGAGCCAGAGUCGGAGGGUGGUGAUAUCACACAAUGUGGAUAAAGCCCUGAAGGAAGUGUUGGACUAUGCCUACAGAGACUACAUCCUGUCUUGGUACAUUCCUUUGAGCCGUGAUGAGGGCCAGUUGUACACCAUGUUGUCGGAGGAUUGGUGGCAGAUGAUUGGGCAGUUGAGAUUCCGACUUGCUGAUAUAGAUCUUGUUAACGUGGUGUGUUAUGACACAAUCCGGAUUUUACAUAGACACUUCACUGCCCUCAAAGCUGCAUCUGCAAGACCGGAUGAAGGAGCUCGGCCGUUUCCUCUCCAUUCGAGUUUGGUCAGUCCUGAGUCAGAGCUGGCCUUCCUGCGCUGUGUAGCCAGAAUACUGCUGCUAUGUCUACUGCCACAAAAGGAUGCCAAGUCUCACACACUACGCUGCUGCCUCACAGAAGUCAUCACAACUAAAGUGUUGAAGCCUUUGGUGGAAGUGCUCAGCGACCCUGACUCCAUAAACAGGAUGCUGUUGGCUCAACUGGAGCAGCGGGAGCAUCAGACUGAGCAGCAGAAGAAAGCUUACACCUACGCUGCCUCUUAUGAAGACUUUAUCAAGCUGAUAUCAACCUCCACAGAUGUCCUUUUCCUCAAACAACUCAGGUAUCAAAUAGUGGUAGAAAUUAUUCAUGCCACCACCAUCAGCAACCUGCCUCAGCUCAAGAAACAGAAAGAGCGAAAAGGAAAAGAAUCUGCAGCCAUGAAAGCAGACCUGCUGAGAGCCCGAGAUAUGAAACGAUAUAUCAAUCAGCUGACUGUUGCUAAGAAACAAUGCGAGAAACGGAUCCGUCUGCUCGGUGGACCAAACUAUGAGAACAAUGAAGGUGGAGGAACUGAUGACAGUGAUGAUCCUCAAAGCCAGAGGAUUCUCCUGUUUGAUGACAUCAUGUGCAAUCCAGGUUACAGGGAACAUUUCAGAGAUUACAUGGAGAGAGUAGAUAAGAGAUCACUGAUAAGCUUCUGGGAAUUGGUGGAAACCCUGAAAACUGCCAACAAGAAUGAGGUGCCCCAAAUCGUCGGGGAAAUCUACCAGAAGUUUUUUGUGGAGAGCAGGGAAAUUCCAGUGGAGAAGAUUUUGCUUAAGGAGAUCCAACAAAGUUUGGUGGGGAACAGAGGAACUCAAGUCUUUGUGAGACUACAGGAACAGGUGGCUGAGACAAUGAGAGAGAGUUACUACCCCUCUUUCCUGGUUUCUGAUCUGUAUGAGAGGCUGAUCAGACGAGACGAGCAGCAUAGCCAAUCACAGUGUAGCACUGAAGAAAAAGAAGAAGGGUGUCAGGGCCUAGAUGCUGUAGAGAAGGUGUGUGAUGAGGGCAGUAAAGGAAUCAACGAACAGGCAAGCUAUGCCGCCACUAAACUCCGCCAGCUCUAUGACAAAUUGGAGUACAAGAGACAGGCCCUGGGCUCUAUUCAGAAUGCCCCCAAACCAGAUAAAAGGAUUGUGAGCAAACUAAAGGAAGAAAUAGGAACCAUGGAAAAAGAACAUCGUGAACUCCAGCAACACAUUAUCAGGACUGACUGGUGGUGUGAAAACCUGGGCCACUGGAGGGCUACCAUUACUACAGCUGAAGCGGCAGAGGAAGGUGGGGAGACCGUAGCGUGUUACAUUGUGUGCGUGAGCCUGCUGGAGGGUGAGGAGAUGGGUAACAGUCACUGGAGUGUGCAAAGGAAACUUACUGAAUUCCAAAUGUUACACCGCAAACUGACCGAGUGUUUUCCAUCCCUCAAGAAACUCCAGUUACCAUCACUCAGCAAACUUCCCUUCAAAUCCAUUGACCAAAAGUUCUUAGACAAGAGCAAAACUCAACUCAAUAUCUUUCUACAGCGACUGCUGACAGAUGAGCGACUGUGUCAGUCAGAGGCGCUCUACGCAUUCCUCAGCCCGUCCCCAGAGCACCUAAAGGUGAUGUCCAUUCAGAAAAAGUCAUCUUUUUCUCUGGCCUCCUUCCUGGAGAAACUUCCUGGGGAUUUCUUCUCUCACACUGAGGAGGAGGCAGAUGACGACAGCGACCUGUCAGAUUACGGUGAUGAGACAGAUGGAAGGAGAGAUGCCCUGGCUGAACCCUGCUUCAUGCUCAUUGGAGAGAUCUUUGAACUCCGAGGAAUGUUUAAAUGGGUGAGAAAAACUCUUAUUGCACUAGUCCAGGUGACAUUUGGCCGAACUAUCAACAAACAGAUCAGGGAUACAGUGAACUGGAUAUUCUCUGAACAGAUGUUGGUCUGUUAUAUCAAUAUCUUCAAGGACACUUUCUGGCCCAACGGGAUUCUGGCGCCACAUGUCAAAAUCCAGACUGAUGCUGAACGCACCGAAACCAAGGAACGAGCUCAACAAAAACUCCUUGACAAUAUUCCAGAUGCAUUAGCAAAUCUAGUGGGCCAGCAGAACGCCCGCUCUGGAGUCAUCAAGGUUUUUAAUGCCCUGCAGGAAGCUAGUGCCAACAAACAUCUUCUCUAUGUGUUGAUGGAAAUGUUACUCAAAGAACUGUGUUCUGAACUCCGCAUAGAAGUUGACAACAUGUGAACAGCAUUUCCAGGAAAGUACUGUCGGGAUGCUGGGAAGGAGGGAUCCCAGAGUUGGAUUUAGUUCCGAUGACAACAUUCAAGCAUUGCCACUUUAUUCAUCUAUUAUUUCCUCAAGUAUCAUGAACACCCUUUUUAAAGCCUAGGCGCAGCAUAAACAUUUAUAUUGUUUGCACAAGUGGUACCACACUUACAGUAGUGCUCUGGCAUUGUUGAAGGACAACUCUGACCAGCUGAGCAUUGUGAACAUUAUUUAAAAAGUGUCAUUUUGUUGCUAGUGACAGUCACAAUACUGGCGUGGUUAUGAAGUUUUGCAAGAAUUUCUGUUCUACAUUCUUUUAAUGGUGGCAUAACAAAUUUGAAGAAUGAACGGUGUGCCCUGUGGGCACAAACUUAGCUUUUCUGUAGUGAACGGGUUCUAACCUACCGAGCUGGAUGAAGACAAAGCAGUCAUGUUGAUCUGCACAACAACACGGCUGGUAAAACUGGCCUGUAAAAUGAGAAGACAUCGUUCACAUUUGUUCCAACAGGCUCACAUGCACACAGAACAAAUAUUACUUUCAUUGUGUCAUUUCAUUCACUUCUCCUUUUUAUUUGAUAUUAUUAGCAGUAAAAGCAGCAUUUCUGUACCACAACCAGCUGAAAGAUUAUUUUUUUGUAUGUCGGUCUAAAGACCAGAAGGCAUGUUGUAAAGGUAAAGGCCAUGUUUGUUGAGUCAUAUUCACAAAAGAUCAUCUAUAAACCUUUGUUAAAUGCAGCAAAGACAAAUGAGGUUCCGAUUGUUUGUUGCCUUUCAAAGGUGACAAUUGUGUGACACUCUAAACCUCACAACAUUCCUGCUACACAAAAUCUGAGCAACAACACUUGUGUUCUGUGAUUCUUGUUAAGGCUUUUAAUUGUGCAAUAUACUGCCAUGUAAAAGUCA